GUCAUAAUUGACCGCCUCCCGUGCCGUGAGCAAAGAGCAAAUCGUUCGCCCGCUCGCUCGAUCUCGCUCUGUCGGUCGAGUACGAUUGUGGAAGCCAUUUUAUUCUUGGGGAUUGUGAAUGUGACAAAAUAUUUUUAGUUUUUUUGUACCCAGAACUUGUGUAAAUGUGUGCCUGCGUUAAGUGUUGUUUGUGACAUGUGUUAGUGCUUUUAAGACUAGGAAUGUUCAUGCUCGUAAUGGGUUUGUGUUGACUUGCCCCGUUUCGUACGCGGUCGCAAGGGCAGGGAUCGAUUAGUGCAAGGCGGCCUCUAAUAACGGCGAAUCGAGGCUCCGGCUGGACUAGUUAGCAGUGCCGCCAUGGGCAACAAUGCCGCCACCGCCAACAAAAAGGUGGACGCCGCCGAAAGCGUCAAAGAGUUCCUCGACCAGGCCAAAGAGGAUUUCGAGGAGAAAUGGAAGAAGAAUCCUACCAACACCGCCGGAUUGAACGACUUCGAGCGGAUAAAAACGCUCGGAACGGGCUCGUUCGGGCGAGUCAUGAUAGUUCAACACAAGCCCACCAAGGAAUACUAUGCAAUGAAAAUAUUGGAUAAGCAGAAAGUUGUUAAAUUGAAACAGGUGGAACACACGCUUAACGAAAAGCGAAUCCUCCAGGCGAUCAAUUUCCCGUUCCUGGUGAGCCUCAAGUUCCACUUCAAGGACAACUCUAACCUUUACAUGGUGCUGGAGUACGUGCCCGGUGGAGAGAUGUUUUCGCACCUGCGUAAGGUGGGCCGUUUCUCGGAGCCGCACUCGAGAUUCUACGCCGCGCAGAUCGUGCUCGCCUUCGAAUACCUGCACUACCUCGACCUCAUCUACCGGGACCUCAAGCCCGAGAAUCUGCUCAUAGACUCUCAGGGCUACCUCAAAGUGACGGACUUCGGGUUCGCGAAGCGCGUGAAGGGCCGUACGUGGACGUUGUGUGGCACGCCAGAGUACCUCGCACCCGAGAUCAUCCUCUCAAAGGGCUACAACAAGGCCGUGGACUGGUGGGCUCUAGGAGUUCUCGUCUACGAAAUGGCGGCCGGCUACCCGCCGUUCUUCGCCGACCAACCCAUUCAAAUCUACGAGAAAAUCGUUUCGGGCAAAGUCCGGUUUCCGUCGCACUUCGGGUCGGAUCUGAAAGACCUGCUCCGCAACCUACUACAGGUGGAUUUGACGAAGCGCUACGGCAACCUGAAGGCGGGCGUGAACGAUAUCAAAGGACACAAAUGGUUUGCGAGCACCGACUGGAUCUCAGUCUUCCAGAAGAAGAUAGAGGCGCCGUUCAUCCCGCGCUGCAAGGGCCCGGGCGACACAAGCAACUUCGAUGACUACGAGGAGGAGGCGCUGCGCAUCUCCUCGACGGAGAAGUGUGCGAAGGAGUUCGCCGAGUUCUGAGCGCACUGGAGGUGCCUGCGCGCGGACACCGUGAGUAGGUAUUUUGUAUUAGUGAAUUCUCUACAAAGACGUGGUCGCGACGCGACGAGUGCUCUUUGCCUUCGGCCUCAGGUGGACAUGGACGCUGGUGCGCCCCGGGGCCGGCCCCGCAGGUGGAUUCAGUUCGGAGCAUAGGCGUGAUGAAGUAGAACUGAUUUCCGAUAUUUCGGUGGCGUUCAUUUGCUUAGUGCCCUUUCAGAAUGACAUAACAUAGCUGUUAUAGCUGAAGUGUCCGUAUUCAGCCGAUAUUCCCCGAUGUUAGGACCGCAGGAGUGUAAUACCAGUGUUACAAUGUUCGGAAUCAUGUUCUGAUUAUGUUUUUCACACCUAAAUGAUAGUUAGCUGCUGAUAACAAUGGAAUGUGGUGGGCAUAAAUUAUUUUAUAUUGUUUUUAAGAAAUCAGUACAAUUUUCCAUAUAAAAUUCAUGCAAUAUUAUCUUCACAAUCUAAUUUUUCAAUUUGAAUUUUGAUCUACAUCACUUACCAUCAGAUUCUAGUGCUAUUUCAAUCACUACUUUUUAGUGGAUUAUAUAUAUAUUAUUUUUUAUUAUUGAAUUUCCUAAAUUCAAUAAUAAUUAUUAAUUAUUAUUGAAUUUCCUAAAUAAUGUUCUCAUCUUGAUGGAAUGUUGUAUAGAUUUUAAAAAUGACAUUUCAUUAUUUGUUUUAUUUAUAGUUAAUCGGUUGAUAUUUUAUUUAAGGAACUUAACUACAUGGCAAUGUGGUGAGAUUACUUCUUGUAACUGUGUAGUUGUGUUCACCCGUCUGUGCAAUUGACCUAUGUGUUUGUGAUCUGAUGUGAGAAUUCCUUUCAAGUUUAAGUGUAAUUUGUAUAGUUCCUUAUUUUGUAGAUUUUAUGAAUUUUUAUUGUGUAACAAUUACAUUAAAUGAUAUGCCAGUCUUGUAUAGGUAAUCUAUGAUGUAACUAAACUUAUUGCUAGCAUCAGUUUACGGAAAGCAAUAAAUUUUAACACUUCUUUAAACAUAUUCCCAUUUAUAAAUAAAGCAAAAAUUCUCAUAUUCAACCAAAUCCUCAUUCAUUCAUUCUUAAAGAACUGGUUUCUUUUCUUUAUACUUGGAUGUUAAUGUUGUUUUAUUGUAUACAUAGGAAUAUGAUUAAAAUAUCUUAGUAGUAAUUCUCUUAAAAUGCCAUUUUACAUGGUGAUAUCUUGUCAUUGAGACUGAUGUUAUCAAUAAGCGUAAGUAGGUGUGUAUAACAAGUUCUAAUAUCAAUACAUGACUGUCUCAUAAGUGCUAUUCAUUCGGUCCCAUUAAUUUCUUGUUCCAUGGAAUGAGAGAACGGCUAACUGGCAAUGUUUACUAUAAAGUUUGUUAGCUAUUAGAUGUAGGACUUUGAAUCCAGGCUGUACAAAUAAAAAUAUAGUUAUUUGUAGUGCAUUUUACAUUAUGGAGAUAUUGUGCGCGCCUGUGGUAAUAGUUAUUAGGUCGCAUAGUAUCCCAGGGUCAGGGAGAGCUGCACAUUUAUCACCUCACCUUCAGACCACACUUAAAGAAUAUGAUCUACUAGUCCUACGCUGUAUUUACAUGUUUGCCAGUGACAAGAAACCUAUAUCCAACUAGGGAACAAAACAAAUUAUUUUAUGUUUUAUUGUCACUGCUAUAGAUAUAAAUUAUAAACUGGAACAGAUAUCAUACACUAAAGAAAAAGUGACCAAGUCCACCUGUAUCCCUAUAUAUAUAAGCCUAUAUCGUCAGGUGACAACCAAGUCGCUAAUUACAAAAAAAAAAAUUGACUAUUUUGUUACUUAUAUGGUUCACUAUGGCUAUGAACUUGUGGUGGUAAUUAUUGAGUUUUGGUUGUCACCUGACGAUAUAGGACCUUGUUUCAUGUGGCUUGGUGCCAAUUCAUGUCAAACACAUAAAUGCAGCAUUUAUGUCCUUGUAUUGAUGAAAACCCGUAGUUAUACACAGAAUAAAGGAACAAAUGUAUGUGUGUAGUAUACUAUAAAUAUUUAUUGUUUUUGUGUGUGAACAGUGAACACACAUGAUAUUGUAUCAUUACUAGAUGAAUCUAGUUUAAUGAUACAAUACCAUAUCUCGAUUUACAAUCUACCUAUUUUCUUAAUUGAAUUAUUAGUGUUUAUGUGUAUUUCUUUAAUAAUAUAAAGCACUAAAGAUUUUUUGCUGUAAAGAUGAUGUCUGUUGGUGAAUAGUCCGGCAAAAUAAUAUGUUAUCUUACAUGUUUAUGUUGCUAACCACAGAUAAGUUGUCGGUGAGUAACCUUUUCUUGUUAAAUGUCAAUGUUACCUACAUUGUUUACUUGGUGCCAUAAAGAUUCUUAGUAAUGGGCCUGCUGUAUAAAACCCGUCACAUACAGAGCGAUAAUAUACCGACAGAUACCGACAGAUAUCUUAGAGUAUAGCUAAGCACCACACACGAUAACAAUACCAAAAUAUAUAUCGCUCUCUAUCUAGCACCUACAUUGUGAGAGAGACGAAAUAUACCAAAAUAUAUCGUAAAUAUCGUAAUAUACCGACCUAUAACAUCUUAAGGUAUGAUGAGAUGCUUUGCUAUGAGAUAUCGUAAGAUACCAAAAUAUAUAAUAUAAUAUAGCUUUGUGUGUGGACUCUGUCAAAUUGUACGUAAAAGAUAUCGUAAUAUGCCUUGCUAUAAGAUAUCUGAUAUAUUAUCGCUCCGUCUGUGACGUGCUUAAAUAUUUUUAAGAUUUUUUAGCAACUUACGUUAACACCUUCAUUUAAUGUAUCAGCUAGUUUUAAACGUUACAUGUCCACUCUCAGUGGUAUGCUUGUCACAAACAGAACUAAAUUAUGCACUAUUGUUAUUUAAAUUAUACUAAGUGGAGAGCAAGUAACUAUUUAGACAAUGCUUGAGAAUAUGUUCUAACGUCAUAAGACUUAUGAGGUAGAAAAAGUUAGUCUGCCGGCAGUGUAGAAAAUUACUAAUUCAUUUUUCUAUCUCACGCCAUUUUAUGUUGUUAGUACUAUUCUGUAAAGGCCUGUUUACGCUUGGGUUAGUAACUAGUGCAAGUGCACUUAUGUGAACCUUUAAUAAUAAGUUUAGCAAGGUUACUUGCUGUUCCACAUCAUGGUGCUUACUCGAUUCAGAUGUUAAAUGGAUAAGAGGGUAUAUUUAGAGCUCGGGUACAGGUGUUCCAGAGUAAUACGACACCGCUCGACGUGUUGCAUCUCUGUCACACUUACGUACGAAUUUACAAGUGCGACAGAGAGGCAACACGUCGAACGUGGUUCGCGGUAAGCCCUCUGAUCAGAUAAGUAACUCAAGUAUAACGCGACGAGCGAUGAAAGCGACACCUUAUCGGCUGUCGCUUUAUCAUAGUGUAAUGAGAGGCGUAUUAUGGUUACCUUUAUCAUAUGAUAAAUAAAAGAUAACAUCCGUUGUGUUCCAUCGUAAACUGGACGUCUUUUGGAUACUAGUUGGAGACAAAUGCUUUAACACAUUCGUCAAUAAAGACUGACUUAGACGAUGCCAGUCGGUGGCAAGUGUCGCUGCAUUCAGGAGGAUGCAUCUCGAUAAUAAUUAACAGAUAAAAGUGCCCAUUAUACGCCGACAAGUUGUUUUGUCUCGAUCAUGAAAUGUGCUCCAAUUUAUCUGUAUGUAAACCGUGAGUGUUUUCACCAGGUCUAUUUUAACAAAAUCAUGAAGUAAAAAGAUCACUAAGAAUCAAUAUAUGUAUAGCGACUAGUCACUAUCUGCUUGUUUUGUUCUAUCUUUCAAAAGUUUUAAUCGCAUGAGAAGCCUUAGAUUUUUAUAUUAGGUAGUGUAAUGUUAUUUAUUAGUUAAGUAGGUGCUUGUUUCGGUUACGAAUUGUAUUAUAUAAGUGAUGAUGAUACAGCAUGUAAUCAAAGAUUAAAAUGUCUCACAGAAUGCUUUCAUGCCAUUGUACUGUCAUGCCUGUGCAAUCAAAGCAUGGAAAAACAAGGUGCAUAUCAUUUUCUAUAAAAGUGAAAGACAUUCACCAACUAGACAUUGUUUAACAAGAUGCAUUUCGAUUUUGCCUUCAAUUCUCGCGCAACGCUGUCUUGUAGUUUCAUCUCUGCAAUAUUUCUUUUUUGGAUCGUAAUAAGUAAGGUUCUGAGGUGUAGUUUUCCUUUGUUAUUUCAUUGUAUAUAUAUCUAGAGUGGUCGUGUCCCCGAUAAGUAGGAGAUUUGAUAUCAGCUUCGGUAUACGCAGAUCUUCAUUCCAGUAGCUUCAUAUAGGCUGGGUUAGACGAUGUCAGUGAUUGGUACUAAUCUUGCUGGUAUGCCAGUACAAUGGCACUUUCCACGCAAUCACUUUUGUGUAAGUCCAGCGUUAAAACGAAAUAGAACCCGGGCUAUCUUUCGUUGCGCUUGCGGCUGGCAUGUCAGCGACAUUAGCACCAGCAACUGGCAUCGUGUAAACCAGCCUUAACUUGCUCAUCAACACAAUGUGGACGUUCUAAUGUGAACAUUUUAAGCCAUUUUUGGAUAUUAUAAACAUUAGUGUGACAGUAUGUGUAUUUGAGAGCAGUCUUUUUAUAUCUGUGCGUAUUAAUAUUAAAAUGUUCACGUCUAGAUCUAUUAUAUCGAGUGCCUAUAGCAUUGAAGGUUCAAGUGUAAAAAGUCAGUUAAUUUCAGUAAUUAUUUGUCACCAUGUAUUGAUCUUCCAUAAAAUUACGAUGAAAUUAAAAAUAUCGAUGUAA